UCCAUUUCAGUGGGCCUUCGACACCGCCACUGGAUAGUUCUGGAGAUUUAUACGAAUCUCAUAAUCUUCAAAGUUUCAAUUUGACUUCUCCAUCACACACACACACACACACACAAUUCACGUUACUUCUCAAGAACAAGAACAAGAACAAGAAGAGACUUAUACAUUACAGACGGGUCUGAUCUGGUUUUCUCAAGUUCGGGUUUGAUCCAAUUGAGAUUCGGAUCUGAAGAUCCGAAUUAUUCAGACGGAUCAACUGAAGAAGAAGAAAGAAUAAAAAAUGAAUCUUGAGAAUGUUUUGGGAUUGACCAGCUUUGAGUAUUGGUUUAACUGGAGAGUGUUGCUUUGUGCGAUAUGGGUAAUAACUCCAAUGAUUGUUUCUUUAUUCGUGUUAUGGAAGUACGAAGAUAGUUCAGUACAAACUCAACCACCAGUCAAUGGUGAUGAUGUUCUGUGCAUUGAUGAUGCUUGGAGACCUUGUUUUAAGCAAAUCCAUCCGGGUUGGUUGUUGGGUUUCCGGGUUCUUGGGUUUUGCUUUCUUCUUGUUAACAACAUUGUCCGUCUUGUUAAUCGUGGAUGGCGUAUUUACUACUACUACACUCAGUGGACAUUCACGUUGAUAGCAAUCUACUUUGGGAUAGGAUCAUUGCUUUCAGUUUAUGGAUGUUUUCAAUACAAGAAGCAACGGAACAUGGUUGAUCAAGUAGGAAAUGAUGCAGAGAUUGGGUUUCGUUCGCCUCUUAUUAAUGCGGACAAAAUGGUUUCGUUCGAGAAGAGUGAAAGUUCUGAUUCAAAGGCACUAAAGUCAUGUGUCCAUCUUUUCCAGAUUAUGUAUCAGAUGGGCGCUGGAGCAGCUGUGCUUACAGACAGUAUAUAUUGGACUGUGAUUUUCCCGUUUCUGUCUUUACAAGACUACGAGAUGAGUUUCAUGACUGUGAAUUUGCACACGAGCAACCUCGUUUUGCUGCUUAUCGACACAUCUCUUAACCGUCUGAAAUUUCCCUUGUUCAGGUUCGGUUACUUCAUCUUGUGGACAGGAAGUUUCGUCCUUUUCCAAUGGCUUCUCCAUGUUUUUAUCUCCGUAGGGUGGCCAUAUCCAUUUCUCAACUUGUCAUUAGACAUGGCUCCAGUGUGGUAUUUGUUGGUAGCACUCCUGCAUCUUCCUUCUUAUGGCGUCUAUGCGUUAAUCGUAAAAAUCAAAUAUAUACUCAUUACCUGAAGUGACUUCAAAUUCAAGAGUCUUUGCCUCGUAAGAGUCAACUCCUCACUUCAUUUCAAGGGUUAAAUCAAAAGAAAGAAACAGAAAUUUUUACCCUAUAUGUCUUUAAGAACUUCAGAACAGACCAAUGUAAUCACCACAGUUUUUCAGAACAUUCCCAAUCUUUUUUGUCGAUAAAUAAAAUUCUUUAUUGCCGAUUCAAGUA